AUGUCCCACAGAUUGGUUCUCCGGCAAAGGAUCAUUAAUGUCUUUGAAGCGCUGCAUCACUUUCAUCAAUCCAGAAUAAUCAUUUCUGACACCAACAUAUGCGUCAUGCUAGUAAUCCUAUACUUACUCGACCAGACGCCAUUACUCAUCGACGUAACAAUAUCCCGUCUUCGCAACAUCCUACCAAACAACAGCGACUACCGCCUCGCCUCGGCCUACCACCGACAAGAAACGAGCAUCGAGCAAAGUAACAUGGGCAAGGUCUUCUCCGCAUGUAUUCUUCUCACCUUUCGCAUAUUCAUGUUGGAAGCAUUCAACUCACGGAACUCCCUCUCGUCUUCUCCAAUAACCCAACCGAUUGAAACUGGCUUUUAA